AAAGCAGAACUCAAUUAAACGUAAAAGUACCUGGAGUUCUGACGAUUUGGAAUUCUGACUCUUAAGUGACACUUGUUAAAACUGAAGGAAAUGUCAAACAAACGUAUAAAAUGUACCCGAUUAAAAUCUACGCAAGGGUAAAAUUAGAGCCGAAGUUUAACAAAGACUAUUACGAAAUCGCAAAAAAAUGCGACGAAAAGUCCGAUCAACUCAUAUUCCACAACUUUUCGUCAUUGUGUCAAAAAUCCGAUGCCUAUAGGUUUAGGAAAUAACGCUGUAAAUGUUGCUUUGGUUUCUCCAAUAUAACGAUCGUCUUCAUUUUAGGUUUCACGAAGUGUUCGACCAGGAUGCAAAUCAAAUAAAAAUUUUCGAAUCCGUCGCUCAACCGGUGAUCGAAAGAGUUUUGUGCGGCUUUAAUGGCACAAUUUUCGCCUACGGACAGACGGGAAGUGGCAAAACAUACGCGAUGACGGGCUCACCGAAAAAAUACGAGGAAAGGGGUAUUAUUCCCAGAAGUAUAGAGUUCAUCUUCGCAAACAUUGAAAAGACCGAUGAAAAGCCGACAAUCUAUAUUUCUUAUAUGGAAAUUUACAACGAGGUGGGCUACGAUCUCUUAAAUCCCAGGGAAAGCAAAACAGCGCCGUGUUUAGAAGAACUGUCACGCGUGACAGUUCUGGAAGACAAAAAGGGUGAACCCCAUCUCAGAAAUUUAAGUGUUUUGCCCGUGUCUUCUGAAGAGGAAGCCAUGAGAUUUUUCUUUUUGGGAGAAACGAUCAGAGCAAUCGCCGAGACCCCAAUGAACGACUAUUCUUCGAGGUCCCAUUGCAUCUUCACAAUUUACAUAAGUUUUCGGCAAUCUGACCAGAAAAUGAAAUUUUCUAAGCUAAACUUGGUGGAUCUUGCCGGAUCAGAACGAGUCUAUAAAUCCCAGAUUACCGGAACAGUACUGAAUGAAGCUAGGCAUAUAAAUUUGUCGCUACAUUUUCUGCAGCAAGUUAUUCUCGCAUUGUCAGAAGCACGACGUCGACAUGUACCUUACAGAAAUAGCAUAAUGACAUUUAUUUUAAAGGAUUCCUUGGGGGGAAAUUGUGUGACGGUAAUGUUAGCAAUGCUGGCAAUUAAUAGCAAUCAUUUACAAGAAUCCAUAAGUACUUGCAAAUUCGCCCAGCGAGUUUCUCGAAUUAAAACUGAUCCAGUGAUCAACGAAGUGAUAGAUCCGUACCAGGAAAUUCUGCUGUUGAGAAAUGAAAUCCAAGAACUUCAAAUGCAACUUGCUGCUCGGAAAACGAACAGGCCAUUUAUAGAACACAACGGCUGUCUCAAGGAAAAUCAAAAAGUUUUGUGUGAAGAUUUGGUACAAAAAUACUUAAACGACCCACUACGUUCGGUUCUUCAAGUAGAACCCGAUAUGAAUCAAAUACAAUAUUGUUUUUAUUUAAUGAAAGCGGAAAUUUUUACUUUGAAAUCUAGUAAACGUAGCAAUGGAACAGUUGGGCACGAUUUUAAAAAUAAAUUUACCCAAACACUACCGUCACAACGUUUCACAGAAAAUUUUCUUCGUGGAAGCGUUGAAAAAAAUUUUGCACAAUUAUCAGGUUGUCAAUGGUGCAAAAACGCUUCAGCCAGCGAAAAUGCCGAGAAAAAUGCGUUUGAAAUGGAACAGUGUACCCGCCAGUUAAAUGCGACUUAUCGGAAAGCUGAAGUUUUGGCAGACACGAUCCAGAAAUGUCAAAAACAUAUAAACCAUCUUAGAACGCAACUGGAUUAUCUUCAUCCUCAUGAUUUUCAGCAAAAAAGAUUCUUAGUCGACGAUCUUGAACAUCAACAAAAUAUUUACAAAAGUAGCAUCGUCGCGCUUAAACAAUUAAAAACCGAAACAAUGCACUUGGAGUGUAACCUUAAGAGGAUAGAAACAUCGACAAGGCAUCGAAAAGUAUCCGAUAUUAAUGUCAACUACGAUGUCGAUUGUUUCAAAUGCAACUGCCCCGAAAAUGCUAGUAUGAGGAUGUAUCAACCAAAAAAUGACUUGCCGUCAAUGCCUGUGGACAAUGAGAACAACCAUUCAAAUAUCCAGCAUUCUUUUCCAGGAUCAGACAGCAAUCUUAGAAAAAUUGCAACCUCGAAUACUUGCGAUAAUUUCUAUGACGGCGGAAGCAAUUCCCAAUGUACUAACGCUUGGUUACAGAACAAUUACAUCUGUUCCUGUAAAGAUUGUGUUUCUGCGUCUAAUAGUUGCGGAGUUAUGGAGUCAGAAAAAUGUUGUGGAGUUUUGAACUGCCAAAACCAAAUGUUGGUUGAUACUAGGGUAGAUCAAUUUCAAAAUACGGUUCUCACUUGUACCUGUGAUUAUUCUGAGUCUUCAUCAAAACGAUCCAUUCACUAUCCUUUAUGCAUUUGUAAAGAAAAUUGCGACGUACCUACAAGACUAGAGAAAGACAACGUUAGCAAGCUGGAUCGAACCUCCAUAACCCAAAGCUUUCGACAUUUAGAAUCAUCAACCGACACAUCAAAUGAAGCUUUUGUUCCUGAUCCAUCAUGGAGUGAAAACAUCCCUCAUCAAACAUUUUUAAAAUCAGUUUGUCCGUCAGCCGGAGAGAAAAAGGAGGUAGUUAGAGCCACCGUCACGCACAAUGAUUUCCUGAGUGAGGCAGAUGGACAAGAAUUUAAGACCUUUAUUCAAACCGUCAAACUUUCAGGGGACCCAGAAGUUGACAGAGAACUAAUUGACUUUUACAGGAAAAAUUUUUCUUAAUAUUCAACCAACAGCACAACAAUGUUUUAUUUACAUAAUAGAUAUUUUUGUAAAAUAUAAUUUGAUAUUAAAAACAACAACA